UAGCCCCAGCAAAUUCAUUCUAGUUCGGUGCGCCUCGCUAAAGUUCCAUUCCGGGUUGAUUUUUCUGCAAGAAAUGAGGUUUAGCCGAAAGUGGAAGCCAUGAAGAAGCUACUCCUCCAUCCUACUGCACUAUCUGCCACCAUAACUACUACCUCUGCUGCCUUUCUCUCAAAAACCAAUUCUUUUUCCUCUUUCGCCGCCGCUGCCGUCUCCGUCGUAGAAUCCGAGUCUCUGGCAGAAACCGGGGGAGAAGAGCAUAUCUCUAUAAUUAUCCGAGACAAGGAUUUUCUUCGAAGAAGCUACAAAUCUAUUAGCGGGCUUCACGUCCUCGACCUCAUAGACAAUGGCUCCCUCGAACCCAGCACUGGAAUCUACUCCCACCUCUUAUGGAGUUGCACCCAAUUAAAGAAGCUCGAAGAAGGAAGAUUGGUUCACUCUCAUUUCCUUGCUUCAAAAUUUAAAUCUGAUAUUUUCUUCCAGAACUCCAUCAUUAACUUUUACAGCAAAUGCAACAGCUUGGAUGAAGCCCGCAAGGCGUUCGACCAAAUGCCUCUUAGGGAUGUUGUUUCCUGGACUGCACUAUUAUCUGGCUACACACAAAACGACAAACCUAAGGAGGCUCUUGCAUUGUUUCCCAGAAUGCUUUGGUCAGAAUGUAAACCAAAUAAUUUCACAUUUGCAACACUCCUUAAUGCUUGUGGUGCCGCCGUUGAGGUUGAAACAGGUAUGCAGAUCCAUGCUUCCUGCGUCAAAACUGGCUGUGAUUUGGAUGUUUAUGUUGGAAGUUCUCUCCUGGAUAUGUACACUCGCCAUGGGAAAAUGAGGGAAGCUUUUGCAGCAUUUGAUAGGUUAGAUACUAAAAAUGAAGUGUCAUGGAAUGCCUUAAUUGCUGGAUUUGCGAGGAAGGAGGACCUAAACAGUGCCAUUAAGAUGUUUGUGGAUAUGCAGAGGCUUGGUUUUCCUGCAACACAUUUCACCUAUUCUGGUAUUUUUAGUGCUUGUGCAAGUAACGGAUCUCUAGAGCAAGGGAAAUGGGUUCAUGCCCAUAUGAUAAAGCAUGGCCAUAAACUUAAUGUUUUUGUUGGCAAUACGCUUCUAGAUAUGUAUGCUAAGGCUGGAAGCAUUGAGGAUGCAAGAAAGGUGUUCUGUCGGUUGGACAAAAACGAUAUUGUUUCAUGGAAUUCUAUGCUUACAGGUUGUGCACAGCAUGGACUUGGCCAUGAGGCAGUUAAUCGAUUCGAGAUGAUGCUCAAACAUGGAGUUAUGCCUAAUCAGAUAACUUUUCUCUGUAUUCUUAAUGCUUGCAGUCAUGGUGGUUUGCUCAAAGAAUGGGAGUAUUACUUCAACUUGAUGAAGGAAUAUAUGGUGGAGCCUGAAAUUGAGCAUUUUGUGGCCAUUGUGGAUCUGCUUGGACGUGCAGGCCUUCUUGAACGAGCGUGGAAGUUCAUAGAUGAAAUGCCUCUCAAGCCAACUGCCGCUGUCUGGGGAGCUCUGCUUGGCGGAGCUCUGCUUGGAGCUUGUAGAUUGCAUAAGAAUGUGGAACUAGGGAAGCUUGUUGCUGAACGUGUAUUUGAGCUUGACCCACAUGAUGCAGGUCCUCGCCUGCUGCUAUACAACAUCUAUGCUUCGGCCAGCAGAUGGAAUGAUGCAGCGAAGGUUAGGAAGUUGAUGAGAGAAAGUGGUUUAAAAAAGGAGCCUGCUUGCAGCUGGGUGGAGGUUGAAAACUCUGUCCACUUGUUUGUGGCAAAUGAAAAUUGUCACCCCCAAAUAAAAGAAAUAGAACAGAUGUGGGAAAAAAUAAAUGGCAGGAUUAAAGAGGAAGGCUAUGUUCCAGAUAUAAACUAUGUGCUUAUGCAUGUGGAUGAGCAAGAGAAAGAGGCAAAGCUAAAGUAUCACAGUGAGAAACUUGCUCUUGCUUUUGCUCUUCUAAAAUUACCUUCUGGGGCAACCAUCAGGAUUAAGAAGAAUAUUAGGAUUUGCGGAGAUUGUCAUCCUGCAAUAAAGCUUGUAUCCAAGGUAAUAAAAAGGGAGAUUAUUAUAAGAGAUGCACAUCGGUUUCACCAUUUUAGUGCAGGCAAAUGUUCUUGUGGCGACUACUGGUGAUUCCAUUAUUCCCAAUUCUGGCUUUGUAAUUCAUAUGAUAGAUGGGGGGAAGCUGCACUCUAUUUGUGAUAAAUAAAGAUUUGAGCAGUUGCAUAAAAUUAUAUAGUUGCUAUGCUGCAGACAGGGCUUUCUGCAAAACUGUACGCAUGAUUGUUGCUUCUGUGGUCAAACACACAACUGUAUGAACUCCUCCAUACUCUAAUCAAUGAUUCCAAUUUUGAUGCGAUGCUUAGUUGAUUGUCCUUGGUAUGGUGGGCUGUGUGCGCAGGAGUUGACUUGCAGAAGCUAGAAAACAUCUUCAAUUUUACUGUCCAAAAACUUUUGGAAGGAUUGGAAUGUAGCAACCCUGCCACAGCUACUAGGUGGUAUGAAUCAGGAUGUCAAACUGUUAAUGCGAGUACUUGAAUUCCUCCCUGGAAGAUCCAGAGUAAAAACCUGAAAGAAAAUAGUUUUGAUGUGAUAGAGAUAGCUUACCAGGGCCAACUCAACAAGGCAGAAUCUAGACUCCCUCCCAUAUGUUAGAGAGGAGUUGGUUGGGAUUUUCUCUCCACUAUUCUGCAAGGAGAAAACUGCAUGGGAACUGAAGUCAGCUGCUGCCAGGUCCUUUUUUACCUCUGCUAUCAUGUGCAGUGCUGCCAUUUUCAUCUCCUUUAUCAUUACGUCCGUCAUUAUCUGUGUUUUUCCUUGCAUAAAUUGGUGGGGUCACAUCAUCACAAUGAUCCCCGUGGGCUGAAGGUCACAUUAACAGUGAUGUCUUUUUCUGUUCUCAUGUCUCUAGUUUAUUUUUCUGUUUCUAGCUCAUGAGUUCUGACCAAUUGGAUUCUUCCGUUGCAUUUCGAGCUGCCUGGUUAUGUCCAGAACUGCUCAAUAGACAGGCGGCUCCAGGUUGAGCGCCGUUAAGGGAGUUUGGGCAGAUUAAAAUAUGGGUGAAGAAAGUCUUCCUUACAAUAAACAUUUUAUUUUCUGCUUCUUUGUUCUUAGGCAUGUGACCGUGAUUAAUAGAAAGACAAUUGAGCAUAUAAUGUCAUACUUACAUAUUGAUUACUUUGUCUUUUAGUUUUAAUUUUAUUUAACUCCCACGGCUCUUGUUCUUAAAUUUUUCAUACUUUUUCUAAAAAAAGAUUAUGUUUUGAUGUGAAAAUCAUUUGUGGCCUGGUCCAUCCACCCCCACUGCUAGAAAUGUUCAAAGGAUCAUGCUUGCUUGGUUGUUAUUUAUAAAUAUUAAAAGAUAAACAAUGCUUAGUUGAUUGUUAUUUAUGUUAAAUUACAUGGUUAGAUUGAGUGAUUUAGUUUAAAUAUAAUUCUCAUUAGGCCAUUAACCUAUAUUCCUCCCAACUUUACAAAAUUUCCCCCAAAUGGUGCACUUUUAGGUAAUCGCUGAUAAAUUCAUGGAAUUGGUGUUGAUUAAGUGCUUUUGAUAACUUAUCAUGUUGUCAUUUGUUUUGGGAAAAUCUUUAAUAAUGUUACUAAGCUUUUGUUGAUUGGAUUUUGUUGGAUCCUGAGUUGUCCAUGACUUCACAUCACCUAUUUUGGAGUGAGUUGGAAAAGAGAGAGAUUUUAAGAUUUUAUUGCUCAAAGGAAUAAUUACAAAAAUGUGUAGCUAAGAUUGUGAAUCCUGAGUCUCAUCAUUAAUCUUCUAUUUAUUAAUUUGGGUUGACACUAAUUAUAUUAUAUAUUAGGCUAUAAAAAAGAAUUAUAUAGUUUUUGUAACCUAAUAGGACACUGGGCUAGGAAUCAUUUUCUAGCUACGUUUGAUAAACCAUUAGAUAAUUUUCCCGUCAUGUUAACUAGUCAAUUUGUCUAAUUUGCCAAGCUGCCCUUUGGGUUGACUUAUGUACAAUCUUGAGCAAGUCCUGUGUGAAUAAUAAUUUAAAAAAAAGAAUAAGAGAGUUAAUUUGUUUAAAUAAUAUAAUUAAUAAUUAUUUUAAUGGUCGUCGAUUGUUGCGAUAUGUCUAUGUUCAUAUCCGCGACUUAGGUUUAUACAUAUUAAUUUUCUUCAUGCUAUGUUCUAUUAAACUUCAUCCUGGCAAAUUAAUGGAGGCUUUAGAAGACAAUAUCAAUUUUUCUUUAGAGACCUAGAUUACUGAACAUUUUAUGAAACUUGAAAGAGAAUUUUUCUAAAAAGAGAACAAAGAAGAAAACGUCAAAAUUGAGUAGGAAAAGACAAAAAAUGGAGGCUCAAAAUCUUGGUUCUUUGUCCAUGGUUGAACAGAUUAAAUAUUAUACACAACUGAACGUGUAAUAUAAAAGUGACUUAAUGAUUGUGAGUUUAAAUUUAACUUAAAAUCUAAAAAAAAACAUUUACUGAACUUGAUUUGUUUAUU